ACGCGCCCCCCGACCUCCCAAAAAAAGAGGAGAAAAGGAAACGCCCCCCCAAAUCGGAAUCCGCACGCACCCCAUGGCCGCCGCCGCCCUCCUCCGCCGCUCGCCGGCGGCGCGCGCGCUCCUCUCGCCGUCCCUCUCGUCCCGCCUCGUCGCGUCCAAGCCCCACUCCUCGUCCCCCGCGCCGCCGCCGCCGCCGUCGUCGGCGAAGGCGGCCGCCCCCAACGUGAAGACCUUCUCGAUCUACCGGUGGGACCCGGACUCGCCGUCGACGAAGCCGCACCUCAAGGACUACCAGAUUGACCUCUCCGACUGCGGGCCGAUGGUGCUGGACGCGCUGCUCAAGAUCAAGAACGAGCAGGACCCGUCGCUCACCUUCCGCCGCAGCUGCCGCGAGGGCAUCUGCGGGAGCUGCGCCAUGAACAUCGACGGCGACAACGGCCUCGCCUGCCUCACCAAGAUCUCCUCCGCGUCCUCGGCAUCCACGGUCUCGCCGCUGCCACACAUGUUCGUCGUCAAGGAUCUCGUCGUCGACAUGACCAACUUCUACAGCCAGUACAAGAGCGUCGAGCCCUGGCUCAAGCGCAAGGACCCGCCGCCGCAGGAGGGCAAGGAGAUCCCGCAGACCAAGGCCGACCGCGCCAAGCUCGACGGCAUGUACGAGUGCAUCCUCUGCGCCUGCUGCUCCACAUCGUGCCCGUCCUACUGGUGGAACCCCGAGGAGUACCUCGGCCCAGCCGCGCUGCUCCACGCCAACAGGCUUCCGCUGUGGGGGACGCUUAUCAAACCAAAACCCAACAUGUUCAUGCACCUUCAAGCUCGAGGAUAUCAUGGAAUUGCAGAGAAGAGAAACCUGCUGGACCACAAACGUAGAUUGCUUGCAGAAAAAUAUGAGCUAAGAGGAAAGCUUUAUAAGUCUGUCUGUAGGGACCCUGAUCUUCCAUUGGAUAUGCGGGAAAAGUUCCGCUAUAAGUUGUCAAAGUUGCCAAGAAAUAGCUCCAUGACACGCCUUAGAAACCGCUGCAUUUUCACAGGCCGCUCCCGUGCUGUCUACAAGAAAUUCCGCAUGUCCCGUAUUAUGUUCCGCACAUUGGCAAACAAGGGUGAACUGACGGGGGUUAAGAAAGCAUCUUGGUAGAAGUUAACAAACCGGUAGAACAACGCGCUAGCUCUGCAGUAGUCCAGCUAAAUAAGGUUGUCUACAUGCAAUCUUUCAGUGUUUGAUCCCUGAAACUGUCUUUAAGGUUUCUGACCAGCAGCCAAUUUUAUUUGAACAUUUUUGUUGAAUCAGUGUACUGUACUGUUUUUGUGCCUAUUCAGCAGUUAUGAAAUUAAAGGCUUGGAACAUGUUUCUGAAUGCAGAAAUGCUUAUUGGGUUAUCUUCA